CCCGGAAGUGCUUCUUGUAGGCUUCACGGGAGACGGAACGUAACGCGAGCUAGCCAUUGGCACUAUCUGAAAAAAAAAUGUCUAAAUUGGAAUUGUUGAGAGUGAUUUUUAACCAACGAUGUACAGGCGCUGCGGAUGAGAUAUUCAGAGCCGUUGCAAAAACGAUAUCAGAGUACCAGGACAACGUUUAUCUAUCGAAAGAGGACAACCGACGUCUACAGGGGCUGCUUGACAUCAUCCUGAAACCUGAGAUAAAGUUGUAUAGAGCAGAUUUUGAGCAGUUCAUUGUCUCUGAAGUGGAGUUUCCCCCUGAGCAGCACCACUUUGAACAAGAGUGGAGCCCUGAUCUGGGGCAAGAUGACUGGAACCCCAUUAAAGAGGAACAGGAGGAAUUCAGUGUCAUCCAGGAGGAGGAAGACUCUGUAUUCACUCCUGCCUGGGUGAAAAGUGACUAUGAUCAGUACUCAACUCAGUCCUCACAAACCCAAAGUGAAGAAUACAAAGACAGAUCAAAACCUAAGGAAGUGCAUUCUUCAAAGCCAACCAGUGGCUCUCGGCCCCAGCCCAAAUCGAGGAGGACACAGGCAGAAAAGGGAAAAAGAUUUAUCAGCUCCAAAGGUAGAACAUCAGUGGAUCUGAAAUCACCAGCGCAAAGGAGGUGUCAGACAGAAGUUAAAUCAUUUUGCUGUAGUGAUUGUGGUGAACGUUUCACUCAGAUGGGAAAACUGAAUUCUCAUAGGAUCAUGAUACACUCCAGAGGUAAUCAGUUUCGCUGUGAUGAAUGUGGCAAAUGUUUUGCUCAGUGGGGAUAUCUGGAUUCUCAUAUGAAGAUUCACACAAGGGUGAAUUGUGGCAAAGUAUUCACUCAGUCUGACCGCUUCAAACCCUCCUUGACCACUUUGAAGGAUCACACAGGAGAGAAAUUUUAUUGCUGUGGUGAAUGUGGCAAAUAUUUUUCUAAUGCUGGGUCCCUGACUUAUCAUAGGAGGUCGCACACAGAGGAGAAAUCGCAUCGCUGCCAUGGUUGUGGCAAAUGUUUUUUAAAAAUUAGGGAUCUGAAUAUUCACAGGAGGAUUCACACAGGGGAGAAACGUUUUCGCUGCCAGUUCUGUGGAAAAUGUUAUAAUCAGCACACUUCUCUAAGUUAUCACAUGAAGAAUCACACAGGAGACAUCUUAUAACUGUCAUUAUUAUUGUGGCAAAUAUUUUCGUCAUGAAGGUAAUCUGACAGCGCAUAUGAGGAUUCACGAGGGAAAUCAGAUACUUGUUGCUAUAGUAGCAGAUCUUUAAGCACUGGCAGUCACAAGUGCAUAUGAGGAUAAUCAGAUGAGCAAUAAACUAUUUUGCUGUCAGGAUUGUUGUAAAUGUUUUACUCCUUCCAAUCUGAAUUGUCUGGGGAGACGGAGGGGAGGAACCACAUGAAUACCAUGACUGGCUAAUCUUUCACAACUGCCUUUCAUUUGACACUGCGUAUGAGACAUUCACACAGGGGAGGAAUCUUCCACGUUUUCUGUCGACAAUGCACUUCUGGCACUAAAGCAUUUAAUUGUCAUCGGAGAACACACAGCGAAGAACAACCUUCAAAGCCUAAAAGGGUCACCUGAGGACAUGCUUGAAUGACCUUUACUCUGGUAGUCCUGAAGCCUGAUUCUCUAUUCAAAUCCAAUUUUAUUGGUCACAUACACAUAUUUAGCAGGUGUUAUUGCAGGUGUAGCGAAAUGCUUGUGUUCCUAGCUCCAACAGGGCAGUAGUAUCUAACAGUUAAAAAAAAGGCACCAAUUCGGGAAAGUUGUAAUGCUGGGGAGUUACCGCUGUUCUGAUAUCCAAAAGUACUUUCCGGCUGUAUGUAAUAACACAAAACGUUCUGGGCCAGUAAUGUAAGAAAUAACACACACACAAAAAAAAUACCGCAAAGUUACUUAGCUAGAAGCAGAGCUGCCAUGUCUGUCGGCACCAUCUAUGCAUAACUAUUAAAGGCCAUAUUUAGGACAUAUUCUGCUUAACCUGUCAUUUUCCAUUCUGUAUUGGCUGUAACUUUUCAUUAAGUGUGAAGCUGUAUUUUUCCACUGAGAACAGAACUUGUAUUGUUAAUUGCGUAGCCCGUCUCUUCCAGAAACCAUUGUGUGUGUUUCAUUGUUCAGUAUCACCCAUCCUCUAUAAUGAUGCAUGUAUGUCUCAUUCAGAAUGAAUAUUCUUGCCACUCCGAAGAAUAAUUUGCGUUUGAGCCAUUUUAGCAGUUGUAUCUUGAAGAGGUUGCUGACUUUGUGCAGAGUGAUCUCCCGGUAGGCCUCUACUGUUUGCAACAUUAAAUAGUUUUUCUGAACAUGA